AUGCCGGGCUAUCAGAAGCCCCUCCUCCUUGCAAAUGACGGUCACAGCACCAAUAAACCACAACCACAGGCUAUGCCGCCUCAAAGGCAGCCUCAACAACACCCCACGCAGUCCGCUCAUCCGGAGCAAGGGCCCGUCGCCCACGGAGAAUGGGUGCAGCCGCCAGACCAUGUCGUGAGAUCGCGAGCAUUGCGCAGAUUCUGGACAGCGUUUUUCUGGGCUUGGCUCAUCUGGACAGUCAUAGGUCUGAUAAUCGGUGGGGGCGUCUCGGAUGUGGAGAACAACAGACACUGGCACAAGCACCAAAAGUGGGACAAGCCCCCUGGUAGCUACUAG